AUGGACGAGAGGACUUCGUUUGGACAUGCCAUGGGCCGGCAUUUUUCAUUUGAGCCAGGGUAUCGGAACCUGAAUCAUGGCUCUUUCGGCGCAGCUCCGACGGACAUUCUGCAGAAGGCGAAUGAGCUGCGCCAGGAGUGCGAGCGCAUGCCGUGUCCAUUCAUCAAGUACCGUUUCCCGCAACUGCUUGAUCAGUCGCGCACGGCGAUGAGCAGUUUCCUAGGGGUCCCAGCGAACACGGUGGUGUUCGUGCCCAAUGCGACAACGGGAAUUAACACGGUUCUCCGAAACCUGGUUUGGAAUGCCGACGGACGCGACGAGAUUAUUCAAUUAGACGUAAUCUAUGGGGCAUGCGGGAAAACGACCCAUUAUAUCUGCGAAGCGAGUCAGGGCCGAGUGCGAACGCGCGAAAUUCACCUUACGUAUCCCCUGCCGGCCGACGACAUCGCGGCGGCCUUACAAGAGGCCAUCGCAGCAUCCCGUGGCGAGGGCUUCCGGCCCCGUUUGGCUAUCUUCGACACCAUCUCCUCGAACCCGGGCCUUCGCUUGCCCUUUGAAGCCCUAACGGGAAUUUGUCGAUCGGAGGGCGUGCUUAGCCUGAUUGAUGCCGCCCAUGGCGUAGGACAAAUCGAUCUGCACCUCUCGUCGCUGGAUCCCGACUUCCUUGUGAGCAACUGUCACAAAUGGUUGUUCACACCUCGGGGAUGUGCCGUGUUCUAUGUGCCCAGGCGCAACCAGGCUUUGAUGCGAAGCACAUUGCCAACUAGUCAUGGGUUUGUGGCGCAGGACUCGCAUGAUGAGGCCAAGAGGAAGAAAGACGUCGGAGCAAUACCGGUGGACAAGAGUGAUUUUGUGUCCAAUUUCGAAUUUGUGGGCACGAGCGACAACCUGGCCUUCCUGACCGUGUCUGAAGCGAUCCAGUGGCGCGAACGCGUGUGCGGAGGUGAGAAGAAGAUCCGCGAAUAUUGCAUUGGCCUAUCUCGCCUCGGUGGGCAGCGUGUCGCGCAGGUCCUGGGGACGCGAGUGAUGGACAACGAGGCCCAGAGCCUGACGAACUGUUGCAUGGUCAAUGUCCUGCUGCCGCUGAACCGGCCCACGACCGGAGCACGAAGUUGGGUGAGAGGGCGCAGCACAGAUGCCGUGGCCGUGAAUGAAUGGAUGCAACAGAUCAUGAUUGAGGAAUACCGUACCUUCAUGCCUGUAUUUGCCUUCCAAGACCAGUGGUGGGUGCGACUCAGUGGCCAGAUCUAUCUGGAUCCCAGCGACUUCGAGUGGGCGGCGUGGACCUUGAAGACGCUCUGUGAACGAGUCGAACUAGCAGCCUCGCCGUAG